GUAGACAUUAAUAAAUUUGCGUUCAAAAUCGAUAUUUAUUGUGCAAACCCUCUGGCAAAAGGCUAUUCACAUCAUACGAAACAAGUGAUGAAUUAGUGAACAAAAAUUCAUAUCUAAAGACCUUUCGCUCACUUUAUUUCAUCAUUUGCUAUCAGCAUUAGAUAUAUCGUAUCAAAGGGUAGUUUACUAUUUGUAUGACUGACUGAUUAACACUACACUCAACACGACAUUUGAAACUCUUAUUUUGAGCCAUAUUUAACUACCUGUCCAUCAAAUGCGACCACCAAUUGACUCGCCAGACACUGGCCUCCCACCUGCCAGACCCAUACGUCGGGGGGUCGCGGGGUUAGCCCCACGUCCGACACUCUAUAUGCAACAGACCAUAGAAAUAGCCCGACUCGCGGGCCUGGAUCUGGACACACCUCCCCAGGAGGAGUACCCGGCGUCGAUGCAGACCUACGAGGGCUCGUCCAGCGCCCAGCCUAUCGGACGCGUCCAGACCCUCGUCCACUCGAGCGGCUGUACAGUAGGUCUGUGUUCGUACCCCCUGUGCGAUCAGAUGAAGGACGUGGUGCGACACUACCAGAGCUGCCAAUUCAAGAGCCUAUGGCCCAAACCCGCGUCGGUUCCGCACUGUUCCGUAUGCGACCAACUCAUGGAUCUCUGCACAUAUCACGCCAAGAACUGCUAUCACAUCCAAUGUCCAGUUCCCCACUGUCUGGAUAUUAGACGCCGACUUAGACAACGACAGGACCUCCGGUUGGCGAAGAAACGGGUGCUCAGGAUGUUGGUCGAGGAUCUCAUGCGAUCGCCAGAGCCCGGGGAUCAGCUCUCAGACCUAUCAUCGCCAGGCAUGGAGUUUAAGAUCCAGCGACCGGUGCCCAGACAUCUGAGCCAUGGCUUCUCAUCGGUAGCCAAGUCUUUGAAGUUUUAAUCUAUUAAUGAUUUAUUGAUGCGAUUGUCACUCAAAUGCUUGUAAU